CCAUCCUUCGCGCACCUGCAACUCACUUGGCCCAAGCAGCACAGUGCGUCAGUAUCAAAAGAGCUCUCCAUCGACAAUGGACCCCUCGGAGCGAUUGCUCGACGCCAACCUGGAACGCGAGCUUGCCGACCUACAUCUUGCUGGGCCGCUGGACCCUGGCUUCCCACCUCAUCUGAUGCACUCGGACGUGAUUGCUGCGGCCGCCAAGGCCUCCACAGACGCUGACGACGGCGACGUGCCGAGUCCGGACGAGGACGAGACCGAAGAGGCCAGCGAGCGCACGCACCACGAAGGGCUCCUCAAGGCUUCCAUCCUCGAGAAAGUGGCCACCGAGAAGCGUCUGCGUCGCCUAUCCGAGGUGUUUGUGGACGACGGACACGACCAGAGCGCCGACUCGGACCCGGUCGAUCUGUUCGAGAAGAUCCCGGAGCCCUACGGACAGCUGUCCUCGUACCAGAGAAUCCAGAUCACCUCAGCCCCCGAAGAAGUCGACAGAGAGACCAAAGAGGUCUGCGAACUCAUCCGCAAGUGCCUGGCACUACGCAAGAAGUGGAUCGCGGUCAACGAGCCGAAGAUCGCGGAUCCAGUCGAGACGGAGGUGCAGACCAGUCCACGCUCGGCUGGCGCGGCGGCCAAGCUGCGACACCGAGAGGAAAUCCCGUAUGAACCGUUUAAGAACGCAGUACCGGAGACCACGAGCCACCACUUCAUAAUGGUGGACGGAGUGGUGGUCGUGUACGAAGACAAGGACGCAGUCGAGCCUAUCAGUCGCGUUGGCAAAAUGGAGGAGUACUACAAAGAUCUGUUCGAGAUCAAGCGUAUUAUCAACUUCGGACCGGUAAAAACGCUGGCGUUUAAACGCUUACAGCUGCUCGAAGCGCGUUUUAACCUCCACACACUGCUGAACUCUGAACGCGAGCUCGUAGCGCAAAAAGCCGUGCCCCACCGUGAUUUCUACAAUGUGCGGAAGGUUGAUACACACAUCCACCACUCGGCGUGUAUGAACCAGAAGCAUUUGCUGCGUUUCAUCAAGUCGCGGCUGCGUAACUCACCGGGAGAGAUCGUGAUCUUCCGCGACGGCCGCUUCAUGACGUUGAGCGAGGUUUUCAGGUCUCUGAACCUCACGGGAUACGACCUAAGUGUUGACACGCUGGAUAUGCACGCGAGCAACACGUUUCACCGCUUUGACCGCUUCAAUUUGAAAUAUAACCCAGCGGGACAGAGUCGUCUGCGUGAGAUCUUCCUCAAGACGGACAACCUAAUUGCUGGCAAGUAUCUGGCUGAGAUCACGAAAGAGGUUAUCUCGGAUCUACACGCUAGUAAGUACCAGCUCGUGGAGUGGCGUGUGUCUGUCUACGGCCGCAAACGCUCGGAAUGGGAUAAGCUGGGUCGCUGGAUCUACGUCAACAAGCUCACAUCUCCACACGUCCGCUGGAUGAUCCAGAUCCCGCGACUCUACUUCCUAUACAAGAAGCUGGGCGAAGUGGACAACUUCCAGCAGAUGCUGGACUACAUUUUCCUGCCGUUAUUCGAGGUCACUCGUGAUCCCUCGAGUAAUCUACCGCUGCACUAUUUCCUGGAGACUAUGGUGGGUUUCGACUGUGUAGACGACGAGAGCAAGGCGGAACCGUUUCGUGCUGAACGUGGUAAGAAGCUACCGAAGCCUCACGAGUGGACUCACGAGGCCAACCCACCUUACGACUACUGGUGCUACUACUUGUACGCCAACAUUGCUGCGUUGAAUGAGUUCCGUCGCCAGAAGGGCCUCAACAUCUUCUCGUUCCGUCCUCACUCGGGCGAAGCUGGUGAUCCGGACCAUUUGGCUGCCGCUUAUCUGACUGCAAACGGCAUUAACCACGGUAUCACACUGCGGAAAUCUGUGGCUCUGCAGUACUUGUACUAUUUGACGCAGAUCGGUAUUGCUAUGUCGCCGCUGAGCAACAACCGCUUGUUCCUGGCUUACCACCGCAACCCUUUCCCGAUCUAUCACGCGCGUGGCUUGAAUGUGUCGCUCAGUACCGACGACCCCGUCAUGCUGCAUUAUACAAAGGAUCCGUUGCUGGAAGAGUACUCGGUGGCUGUGCAGGUGUGGAAGUUGACAUCUACAGACAUGUGCGAGAUCGCACGCAACUCGGUGCUCCAGUCUGGCUUUGAACACAAGUUCAAGCAACACUACCUUGGACCCAAGUACACGCUGCCUGGCUCACGUGGCAACGAUAUUCGCAUGACCAACGUGCCGGAUAUCCGUGUAGACUAUCGCCACGAGACGCUCCAGGGCGAAUUAGCGUUCAUCCAGACGUAAUCUCACCUUCAUGUGAAUGUUGUAGCUCGACUGUCGAGUUUGUCAGCGAUCCAAGCCAAGCAAUGAAGAUGAGUUCUGACUAAGUUUAUCGUUUACUUCUUCCCUUCGCCCUUCAUGUUUGGGUAUGAAAAUGCAGGAACACGAAGUGGCCGAAAGCAAGCAGUAACGAGAGUGCUUCGAUGUGUGUUGCAGCCUCACAGAGUGAGCGCAAAGCCGGCGAAGACACGCACAUGGCGCUGACACCGGCCGUAGCGAAGAAGAGCGUUGUGAGGACGAGAUUCUUGGAGCCUAAGUACGCUGGUACUCGUUUCCACUGAGUCGGCCAGGAUUCACAGAAGUAAACUUGAUAUGCUCGACUAAAGAUUAAAUUGGUGAUACAGAGGGAAGCAUAUCGCGCGAUAAACAGCGCGUUCAGGAAUGAUGCUGUCAUUUCGCCAUGGAGAGCGGAUCUUGUACGCGACGCUGAGGGUACUGUGCCUGUUAAACUACGGUGGGGCGAUAGCACUUCGUGCAGACACGUAUGGGCCAUUUUCCAGCAGAACCAGCUGAGGAUGCAAAGGCACAAUGUGGAGAUGGUUUGGUUCUUGGAGAGCACUCGUCGUCGGAGCAGGAAGAACACCAGACCACACUGCAGUCCGAGCUUACAAAGAUGCAUCGGCACCUCUGUGGAAGCAGCGGAUGCAACCUGAGUAGCAAAUUUGGACUCUCCUUGCAGUGCCGAGGGAGACUGGGGCUGCGCUUGAGUCAGAAGCUGCUCUAGCACGAGCAAAUCUCCACGCGAGUUUAAGCUCUCGAGCCAUCGAAGUACACUCAUGAACCCCCGACGGGUUUGGAAGGAUGACGAAGGGAACGCAGUAUGUUUGAGCUCGUGGAACUCGAGCGUUGGGACGUCCAACACCGUAUAAAGGUAUCCAGAGCCGCACGCCAUCGUCAUAACCAGGAGCGGCAGGCGAUACUUGUACUUCAAGACGGACGUAUCUUGGGCGGAGAGACUCAUUGUAAUGCAGGGGAGGAGACAGCGCCACUCAGCAAAGGACAGGAGUUUGCGUGCGUCUCUUGAAGCAGAAGAUCUACCCAUUCCCACUCAGAUUUACUGCCGUAUCGUCGUAGUAACAAGGGUCGCUUACUCGUAAAAGGGUCACGAAAAUAUUAAUGGACGCGGCAAGCGGCGGAAAAAGUAUCAGCGAAUCGCAGUAGAGUACUCGCACAAACUGGAGGUACAGACCUCGAUGAAGCAAUUGUGCACUUCUAUGGUGAACUACCGAAAGAUCCGAACACUUUUCAAGCUAAAUAGUAUAUGCAAAGAUGAAGCUGCA